GGCCGUGCGGGGGGCCGGCACCGGGCAGCGCGGCGCCCCGCGGGUCCCCGUCUCUCCCCGCCCCGCCCCGCCGUACGGGCACUGCUGCUGCCUGCGGGCCUCCCCCCGAGCGGCGGCGGCGCCCCGCUCCCUCGCUGCCGGGCGCCAAGAGGCGGCCCCCGCGCCGGCCCCGCCUCGCGCCCGCCGCCAUCUCCGCGGCCGGCUGAUCCCGGGAGAGGGCGGCGGGUGCCGGGGCCGGGCUGGGCGGAUGAGGCGCGGAGCGGUGCCGCUGCUGCUGGCGGCGGCGGCGGCGGGCGGGCCGGGGGGCGAUGAGGAGCCGCAGCAACUCGGGGGUGCGCCUGGACGGCUACGCGCGCCUGGUGCAGCGGACCAUCCUGUGCCACCAGAAUCCAGUUACAGGGCUGCUUUCAGCCAGUACGCACCAUAAAGAUGCUUGGGUGCGGGACAACAUCUACAGCAUCCUGGCCGUGUGGGGACUGGGGAUGGCUUAUCGGAAGAAUGCAGACCGGGACGAGGAUAAGGCCAAAGCCUAUGAACUUGAGCAGAACGUUGUGAAGCUGAUGCGGGGACUCUUACAGUGCAUGAUGAGACAGGUAGAUAAGGUAGAGAAGUUCAAACACACACAGAGUACCAAAGACUGUCUGCACGCGAAGUAUAACUCUGCUACCUGUGCCACAGUGGUCGGGGAUGACCAGUGGGGGCAUCUACAAGUAGAUGCAACUUCCCUUUACCUGCUCUUCUUGGCACAGAUGACUGCAUCAGGGUUGCGUAUUGUCUUCACCCUUGAUGAAGUUGCCUUCAUACAGAAUCUUGUCUUUUACAUAGAAGCUGCCUACAAAGUUGCUGAUUAUGGAAUGUGGGAACGUGGUGAUAAGACAAACCAGGGCAUCCCUGAACUGAAUGCAAGCUCCGUAGGGAUGGCCAAAGCAGCUUUGGAAGCAAUUGAUGAACUAGAUCUUUUUGGUGCUCAUGGAGGGCACAAAUCAGUGAUUCAUGUUCUUCCUGAUGAAGUAGAACAUUGUCAGUCCAUUCUAUAUUCGAUGUUGCCAAGGGCAUCUACAUCAAAGGAGAUUGAUGCUGGCCUUCUCUCUAUUAUUUCUUACCCAGCUUUUGCAGUGGAGGAUAUAAACCUUGUUAAUGUAACCAAGAGUGAAAUCAUAUCCAAAUUGCAAGGCCGUUAUGGCUGCUGUCGCUUCCUUCGAGAUGGUUAUAAGACACCCAAAGAGGAUCCAAGCAGGCUGCAUUAUGAUCCAGCUGAGCUCAAGCUGUUUGAGAAUAUUGAAUGCGAGUGGCCAGUAUUCUGGACGUACUUUCUAAUUGAUGGAGUAUUUAAUGAGGACAAAAUUCAGGUACAAGAAUAUAGAGAGGCUCUGGAAGGAAUACUUAUUAGAGAAAAGACUGGAAUAGUUCUAAUGCCUGAACUGUAUGCAGUCCCUUCAGAAAAGGUGGAAGAAGAGUAUGAAAAUCCUCACUCAGUGGAUCGUGUCCCAGUGGGAAAGUUGCCUCAUCUUUGGGGCCAAUCAUUGUAUGUCCUUAGCUGCCUAUUAGCAGAGGGAUUUCUGGCUGCAGGUGAAAUUGAUCCCUUAAACAGGAGAUUUUCCACUGGAUUUAAACCUGAUGUUGUGGUUCAAGUAACUGUUUUAGCAGAAUCUAAUGAAAUUAAGAAUCUCUUGCGAAAUCGUGGAAUCAGUGUUCAGAGUAUUGCUGAUAUCCAUCCACUCAGAGUGCAGCCAGCUCGCAUUCUAAGUAAUCUCUACACCAUGUUGGGCCGGAACAAGAGCAUGAAACUAAGUGGACGGCCACACCGACAUAUUGGAGUGCUAGGCACCUCCAAGCUGUAUGUAAUAAGAAAUCAAAUAUUUGCUUUUACCCCUCAGUUUACAGACCAGCAUCACUUCUAUCUGGCUCUAGACAAUCAGAUGAUUGUGGAAAUGCUCAAGAUAGAGCUGGCUUACCUCACUUCUUGCUGGAGGAUGACGGGGAGACCAACCGUGACGUUUCCAAUCACCCACACAAUGCUCGUUGAUGAUGGUGCUGACAUUCAUCCAGCAGUUCUUGCCACCAUAAGAAAAUUGGAGGAUGGCUAUUUUGGAGGUGCAAGGGUGAAAAUAGGCAAACUAUCAGAAUUUCUUACCACCUCUUUCCAUACACAUCUGAGCUUCCUGGAUCCAGACUGUGAUGUAAAGCUGUUUGAUGACCCUGAUGAAGGUUGUUGCAGUCCUGACAGUGAAUAUGGAUACCAAGGCUAUCCAACAGAUUUCUGUGAAAAAGACAGCCAGGAUGAGCUGGAUCAGUAUAUAAAUGAUGUCCUGCAGAGUACAGCACCAAAGUCAUACCUGCCUCCAACUUCAAAGACUGCUGAUCAGCCUCCUGUGUUCAGUGCAAACCAUUCUACACGAGAGAUACUGUCAAUAAUGGCCAAAGCAAAGGGCUUGGAGGUUCCAGCUGUUUCUAUGUCUCUUCCCACUAAAGUUCUGAAUAUACACCGGAAGUCUCUGAAUCUCGUUGAUGCUCCCCACUCUUUUGAGACAAAGGGUUGUGAAAAUGUUUUGCACUUACCUAAAGAUGCUCAUGGUGAUUUGGAUUGCAGGAAGCUCGUUGAACAACUGAAGGAAUGUCCAACGCUCCAUGAUCAAGCAGAUAUCUUAUAUGUCUUGCAUAUACUAAAAGGUCCUGAUUGGGAUACAGAGCUAAAUGGACAACAUGGUGUCACUGUUCAUUGUCUACUCAAUGAGCUCUACAGAAAGGCAGGCCUCAAUCAAGAGUGGGGCUUAAUCCGUUAUAUUUCUGGUAUCCUUAAAAAGAGAGUGGAAGUCCUGGCUGAGGCUUGCACAGACCUUCUGUCACACCACAAGCAGCUGACAGUGGGCCUGCCACCAGAACCCCGUGAGAAAACCAUUACCGCCCCAUUGCCACCUGAGGAGCUCACAGAUCUUAUUUAUGAAGCCAGUGGCCAAGACAUCAGUAUUGCAGUCCUGACACAGGAAAUGAUUAUGUAUUUGGCGAUGUAUGUCCGGUCACAGCCUAGCCUUUUUGCAGAGAUGCUCAGACUGCGCACUGGACUGAUAAUUCAGGUGAUGGCCACUGAGCUGGCUCGGAGUCUGAACUGCUCAGGUGAAGAAGCUUCAGAGAGUUUGAUGAAUCUAAGCCCCUUUGAUAUGAAAAAUCUCCUACACCAUAUUCUGAGUGGAAAAGAGUUUGGUGUGGAAAGAAGCUUGCGACCUGUAGAUUCUUCUUCAUCCAGCCCUGCAAUUUCUAUUCAUGAAAUGGGACAUUCUGGCGCAACCAAAACAGAAAGAAGUGGUAUUGCUAAACUGAAGAGUGAGAUGAAGCAGCUCCUCCAUGAGGGCCCUUCUAUGUCCAGCAGCAUGUUUGCUUCCAAGUCCAUGAGGGGCAGUACUCCAUCAUCUCCCACUAGUACUUCUCCCACGGGCUCUGAUGGAGGCAUUAGCUGGCGUAACCGCCAUGGGCAGUGGCUUCGCAGGAGGAGGCUUGAUGGUGCUAUUAAUAGAGUUCCUGUCGGCUUUUAUGAGAAAGUGUGGAAGAUCCUUCAGAAGUGCCACGGCCUGUCCAUUGAUGGGUUCGUCCUUCCUUCCUCAACUACCAGAGAGAUGACCCCAUGUGAAAUCAAGUUCGCUGUGCAUGUGGAGUCAGUGCUCAACCGCGUAUCCCAGCCUGAGUACAGGCAGCUCUUGGUGGAAGCUAUUCUCGUUCUGACGUUCCUGUCUGACAUCGAGGUGAACAGCAUUGGGGGUAUCAUCCACGUGGAUCGAAUAGUGCAUGUGGCCAAUGACCUAUUUCUGCAGGAACAGAAAUCAUUUGGAGCUACGGAUAACAUCUUAGAGAAAGACAUAGCCACAGGAAUUUGCCACUUUUUCUAUGACAGUGCUCCAAGUGGGGCCUAUGGAACCAUGACAUACCUAACAAAAGCCAUAAUUAUUUAUUUACACGAUUUUCUUCCUAGCACAGGCUGCACGAUGCAAUAAGCAAUGCCUUGUGAGGGAGGGAAAACUAAGCUCUUUCUUCCCCUUUCCCUGUGAUGAACCUCUUGUUUAGUUGCUGUACGUAUGUCUAUGUGCUACCUCAGCAUUUUACACUGUUCAUCAUGUUACGUGCAUGCUUUCCUGCGGGAGACAGGCAGGUGGAAUUUGGCCUAGUUUUAAGGGAGGACAUGGGAAAUAUACACACGAUGAGGCCUAUUCUGCCUAAUAUGCAUAAACGUAAUUCAUAUUAAAUUAGCAAGAAUUAUACAGCUCUACCAACAGGAAAAUAGAUUAAUCUGUGGACAUCAAAAGGCAUAAUAAAAUGAGGGAGCUGUAUCUUGAGCAUAAAGUCUCCCAAAUAUGGAAAGUAAUGGAAUUCAUUAAUUUUUCUCCUACUAUCUGUAAAUUUACAUCAUUGUGAAUCACUAAUGCACAGUGUGAAUAAGCCAGGGACAUUUAAAUUAAAGAAGUGGGACAUUUAAAUUAAAGAAAUAGGAAUAACUUGAAAUAAACAGGUGAAAUUUUAAUACAGGUUUAUCCUGAUUCUCAUCUCAUUUGCACCUAGCUAGUACAGGGCUCGUGCCAGUGGAGACAAAUGUCUUAAAAUAUCCGCAAAUUUGAGAUGAUAGCCUCUCUAAGGAAGCUGCAUCUCUCUUUUAAUCUGAGUGAAGUAGCUUUCUUCCCCACAUCCCCCAAAGCUUUGGAACCAAAAUCUCAGACUCCAGCUUCUGCAAGGUGACAGACAAUUUUAUGCCUGUGAUUCUUUUCACUGAAUGGGGAAAGAUAAACCUCUUCCACUCAAACAUCCUUUUCAAGUCCAGAUCCUUUUCCUCACAGAUAGCCUCAGAGUUAGGAACAGCAUAAUUGCCACCCUUCCAGCACAGGCUGAAUUUAUGGGAGGCUUUGAUGUUUUUUGUUUUGGGGGGAUUGGGUUUUAUUUCUUGAAGAUGCACUUGUCACAUGCAGGUAGGGAUGGGCUCUGCAGUUAGAAGUCUCCCUUCAGACAGCUCCCGGGGUAGUGCUUGCGGCUAUUUUGAGCUCUUACGCACAGCCUGUACAAAUUCAUCAAGCAGGAGAUGCAGGACUGCAGAGCUCUCCCUGCGCGGUACCCCCAGCUGGGACUGAGGGGAAGAUGACAGGUUGUGUGUGCAUGUGUGUGUGAAGAGCACCCAUGUAGAAGGGGCCUUGAGUCUGUCCACUGAAAACUAGUCUCUGCUGCUCCUUUGAGCUACUUUAAGAACAGGGGAAUGUCCUGCAGGGAAAUGGCUGUGGCCAUUUAAACCGAAAGUAAAGGUAGGCUGCCUCUGGAAGGGAAAAGCCUGCUUCCCCCCAAACACCAGCUGUGGUUUACCACCUCUCACCUUUACUGGCACUGCUGUUUUUGCCACCACACCCAGCUGAUCUGGCUGACAACUUACAGAAAUUUUACCUUGGAAAGUGACUGUAGUUUGUUUGCCAUGGGCUCCUUCAGCAGCAUUAGGGGUACCAGCACAGCUGCUCUGUGCACAGGAAGGAUCAGAAUAGGUCUGGUUUGCCAGGCAAAGGGAAAAGAGGAGGUAAGGCCUAAAAAGGUAACCAGAAUCUGUGCUGUUAAGCCUUGUAGGUGUAUUUCUGUGAGACCCUCCUCUACUUUUGCAAGAUGUAACUGCUAUUUUUACAGGAUUCUAAAACAUUGUUUUUUUGUUUUGUUUUGUUUUCAACAGUAGUAGGUGGUGCUUUUGAAAAUUAGUUCUUUGAUUCCAGUUUCAGUGUUUAUUCUGAUAUCUGAAAUACUUCGAUGAAAGCAGGGAAAUAAAUCUGUCUCACUUGCCAGUGGCCAGCAGCCAUGGUCCCAGGGGACUUGAGCUUCAGGUGUCAGUCCCACCCCUCUUGCCAUCUCUUUAUGGAGUCAGCACUGCUGUCACAACAUCUAGACAUUUGCUUGAGGGAGUGAGGGCAGAGCUACAGGCAUGGGAGGUUUUAGGGGGCAGUUUAGAUUCCCAGAGAAUAAGAGUGUUUGUUGGUCCAAGAAACUAGCAACAUGCAUCUCACAGGAUGUAUUUAUGUUCUUAGAGAGACAAGUACUGUGUUAACCACCAUGAAAACUGUGGACCUAUUGAGAUGUUUGUAUAAAGAUAUAGUUCAUGUAUGAUUAGUACACUUGGAUGUGGAAGUCAUUUUAUUGGUGUUGUGCCUGUUUUGUAUGGUUUGGCUUUCAUUAUGCUUCUUGAGGUGUUUAUAUAUAUGUAAUCUGAGAGAUCACUUAGAUUGUUUACCAGUAAAUGAAAAUAAAAUCCUCCGUAUAGUAUAAACAGACAAGCCUUACAGUGCAAGCACAAGUACACCAAAGCAUGUAUGACAGUUUCUUGUUCUAUUCAGUAUUAUGUGAAGUGUCAGGAUUUGCAGGUACUUUUGCUUUUCUUGUUGAAUCCUAGCUUGUGAGAGAUGCAAGAUGAUUUUCUCUCAGACUUUUUUUUUAAUUACUUUUUUUAAUCCUACAGCAUGAACUCCUAAAACAGAAUUUUUCAGAAACAAGAAAGAAUGCUAAAAUAGUUGUUUUUUACAUGCAGCAGCAUUCAAGUCUAAAACAGUGGUUUGGAGCCUACAGCAAAACAUACAUACACACCCUUAACUCUAUUUUUUUAAUGGGGGUAGCAUCAAGCCUCUUUAAUUUAAAAGUCAUACUGUGACCUAGGUUAUCGUAUGUUGUUCAGAAGCAGUGGUUUUAUUAUCUUCUUGUCACUUUCAGAUCUUCAAAUGCAGGCACUUAAAAAAUAUCUGUACAGUGAUUUGAAGAGUUUAGAUAGAAAGGUAUAAGGCGAUGGUGAAGAAUGGGAUUCUGAAACAACAUGAGUGGAAGGAAGACUCAUUUUACUUCCAGGUCAGGCACUGUUGCUGCUCUCUGCUGAGUUACCAUUCAAACAGAAAGACCAGAGCAUCACAGUUACUGCAGACCUAAUUAAGCAAUUAAGGGUUUCUACAGAGCCCCCACAUUGAGGAUCCACUUGUGUUUACUCAGUAGUUAGAAAACACAGCUAGCACUGAGGCUGGUGAGUGCGGCCCCUUUUAAGGCAAAUAACAACUUUGCAGUUUGUGCAGGGUGAGCUAAUUGGCAGUGACUUGAUUUGGCUGUCAGGCUUCCCAGGGGAGUGACAAGUAGAUGACAGGGCCCAACUCCAAGUCCCUGUAAACUCAUUUACAGAAAGAAGCAAGACAAGGGUAAACAGAUGCAUCAAGUCUCUCAGAAAUAAGGGCGUUAGUGGAAUUAAAAUAGACCCACCUGAGACCUAGUCUUUCCAGCCUGACAUGCACGGCUGUCGUGAGCAGAGUUUGCAGCUGUGGGGAUGCAAACACCUGCACUGCUGCAGGUGGUAAGCCAGGCAAAAACAAAAGAGGGCUGUUCGGGGUGCUCAGCAGAAUAAUAAAAUGUGACAAGCACCAGGCAAAUACCACGUGCUGGACUAAGCCCAGCUCCUGCCAGGUCCUCCCCGUUCACUGCUUCUUGACUGUUCCGUAGCCCGCUGCUGCGCUAGGGAUGCCAAGUUCGUUGACCUGCUUCAUCCCAGGUUAAAAGCACCGUUAAUCCCUGCUGCCAUUCGUACAAAUAGACAGGAAACCUUAGUAGUGCAGGUGCAAAGUCUGCCUGGCUGUGUCAGGCUGAGUGUGGUCUCCCUGCUUGGGGGAAGAGCCCUGCUUGUUCCUGGGAGGGCAAAGUGAGCUGUGCUGUUCCCGGCAGCCCCAGGAAGGGGCCCAUGCUUUUCAGAGGACGUAGCAAAAUGCCUGAGCCAUUCAGUGCGGGUCUGGAGCACUGUCGCACUGCACAACUCUUGUAGCAGCAAGAGCCUUGGGUAUAAUCCAGCAACAAUGGCAGCAACUUCCUAGUUCGGACCAAAAUUAGGAGCGGUGUUGCCAGGUCACCAGGACAGGGGGUGUGUGCAUGGGCGGGCGUGUGCAUGUAAAGACUGGCUAUACCUCCAGGACAGGAGUUAGCGUGUUCAGCUGCAGACUCAUUCAGUCCCUGCUCAAAGGACCACUCCUAUCUGCUAAAUGAAGUGGCCACUGAAUAAAAUAGCAGGGUAAAAAAAAUAAUUUUUGGAGGGUUAUGGAAGAAGAGCUUCAACAGGAAGGAGAGUUUGGAUUUAAGUACAUGUAGUGGGCUCUCUCCCAAACCUAGUUUUAGUUUUAGUUGACUUUUAUUGCUGGCAUUACAUAUUACACAUACUUACUUUCCCCUUCCCCAUUAUAGGCUCUUGUGUACCUAUAAUGGCUGAUAGGGUAGGCUUUAUUUUUUUUUCUUCUUUUUGUGUCUAGAUGACUCAGAUCCUCCCAUAGUUCACUACUAUAUCCCUACAAGCCCCUUUUCAGUGUAUGCUAAGCAAAGCACUGGACUAUGACCUUACCUUUAGUGUCCCCACUCAUGAAGUCAUCCCUCAAGGCGAACAUCCUUCAAGUUAAUUUUACAGUAGCUCAGGAGCAGAUUACUAGAAUGGGACAUCUAAGGUGAGGGCAUUGAGGAUGUUUCUGAGCUCCCACAUCUUGUUGCACACCCCAGUUUUGCCCUCUCACUUUUGCAGGGAAUGGCAGGGGGCUGCGAGAAAGGGCUCAGAGUUGCACUGUCCCCUUCCACCUUGUUAGUUGGUGUCCCCAGUAAGGAAACUGGUGGACAGCGAUCCAGAGGAUCAGGGAAGCGAGAUCUCACCAAGCACCGUGAGGUGCAUCCAGUUUAGGUGCAGCUUUCUUUUGGUUGCUCCACUGGAAUAAGGUGGGAACAGUCCUCACAGUGCAUAGAUCAGAAUAAAUGCAUGCUACAAAAUAUAUAUUUAGUAUUACCAGUGCUGCUAAAAUUUUCCUAUAAGCUGUAUGUUUGUACUCCUAAAAAUUUUUUUUCUUUCUUUCCAGUAGAAAUAAUUGUGUGUGUAUUUGUUCAUUCAUCUGUAAAGUUACAGAAUACUUCUGGAAAAGCAUUUUGUAUGUAAUUGAUUUGAAAAAUAAGAAAGAGCAGCACCUUCAGCAUGGGCUGCUAUUAACAGUCUGUGGUGAAAAAGUGGGAAGGAUUUUUUUUUUGUACUUUUGAAACUGUUAUUCUUAAAUAAAAUCUAGCUACUUAA